CGCUUAUCAGCCGGCAAAACAAAGCAAAGAAACCCCUUGAUCUGAUUAAGCUACUCCAAUAAAGCAUUCGAUAUGGUGGCAAACGUUGAAAUCCCGUAUGACGCGAAACAGCUCGCCAACGUGCGUGUAAACCUUUCCAGCGUGGUUCGUUCGGUUGACCUGCUAACCUCGGCUCUUAUCAAACGUGUCACAGAAGCGGAAUUUCGGCAGUACACGCUACAAGCGCUAAAACUAACCGAUCUGACAACACUCGCAGGCGAUGAUACGGAAUCGAACGUCGCUCGUCUUUGCUUCCGGGCAGCAUAUCCCUUUUCGGAUCUUGCAACGCACGCAGCGCUGAAAGGCCAAGUACACACGGCAGCCGUGUGUGUCUAUCCGAGCCGUGUCGGCGACGCAUACCGAGCGCUUAAGGCACUGGGAAUGGUCGAUCGUAUUCAAAUUGCUUCCGUAGCGACUGGAUUUCCUUCCGGAUCGUACCCACUGGAAACGCGCCUACAGGAGAUACGCUUUGCAGUUGAGCAAGGAGCUAGCGAGAUCGAUAUAGUGAUCGAUCGGAGCCUAGUUCUGACCGGAAAAUGGCAAGAGCUGUAUGAGGAGAUUGUCGCAAUGAGGAAGGCGUGCGGUGAUAAGGUGCACUUGAAGGCAAUCCUUGGCAUCGGAGAGUGUGGUACAAUGGUUAAUGUUUAUAAAGCCUCCAUGGUGGCGAUGAUGGCUGGUUCGGAUUUUAUUAAAACUUCCACGGGUAAAGAAGCGGUCAAUGCAACCCUUCCGGUCGGGCUGGUUAUGAUUCGUGCCAUACAAAAGUUUUAUCGUCUCACGGGCAAGAAGAUUGGCCUGAAACCGGCCGGUGGCGUACGAACGGUCCGGGAUGCUAUCGCUUGGAUGAUCAUGAUCCGAGAGACGCUCGGCGAAGAAUGGCUCAAGCCGGAAAUGUUCCGAUUUGGUGCGUCCGGUUUAUUGGAUGAUAUUGAAAAACAAUUCUACGCCGUUUCGAAACGAUUGUAA